AUGACUGCCACAUUGAACGGGACGUUCAACUCGGCCCCUGACACACCUUCCCUUGUCUACCCCGAUCGUCUGAUUCGGCCUCUCCCUAAACGCACCUUGCGCUCUCGCCUGUCCACCGACGCCGCCGACGGUAUCCACUACCCGCCAACACCCCCAGCAUCGCAGAUCUUCUAUGGUGUCUCCGGAGACUCGGAGGAGGCGGUCAAUGACUCUAAAGUCUACGUGCAGCAGACGAUCGAGACGGACCGACACGAGCUAACCCCGGAGGCUGACUCUCACGGGUUUGAUACUGCAGUGGAGCUGGAUAGUGGGGAUGAAGACGGACCGGUAGUCGUACGCCGAAGUGCUGGUUUUCGAGGUUCUCUAUCACCGAGCUCACAACCACAGGUGUUUGGUAAAGACGGUCCGCAAAAGUCCUCGGCUGGUCCCGACGGGUAUGACGCUUUUGAAAACACAAAUAACAAGAAGAAACGGAAAAUCCCAACACCGGGGAAUAUGAACCACCACUCUGCUCUGUCGCCGGAGUUUGCGAGUAUGGGAUUGGCCAACUCGAAUCCUCCGCCCAGCGAUGGGAGUACGGGCACGUAUUAUGGGAGUGGAAAUCCUGCUUCACCGUUGGCGAGUGGCAUAUCAGGGUCUGGUAGAGGCCGUCUGAGCCGGAGUACGCGCAGCAACAGCGGGCGAAACCCGUUGUCUGCGAACGCCCAAAAUGCUUGGAUGAAUACACGAACGCCGAGUCGGCGAGAUAUGUCAUCGCCUGGACCUGGCGAAUCGUCUGAUCAAGGCAUCAUUUCUACUGCCAUAGCAAACGCCGCUACCCUUUCGUCUCCACCUCGAGGCGCCAGUAAUGUGAGCUUGCUGGACCAAGAGAACAAUACUACCCCCACCAAGACUCAAUUCACAUUCACCUGCGAGUCUGAUUCCUCGAAAGGAAUGGCAAUGCAGCGCAAUUAUUCUAUACCCCACCGUUCACCGACCUCACCCCUCGCGCCUACCACGUCAAAUCCCCGCGGGUUCUCUACAGGAACACAGACGAGCCCGAACAUGUCUCAGAUGCAAGGGCACGUCUCACCGGGUACACAGCCCCUCCCUGCCCAAGGAGAUCAGGGCUCUGUGAGCCGCAAGAAGAAGCGGUCUCCGGGCAGCAUAUAUGCGUUGGCUGCGCGUCAACGCAAAAUUCAACAACAAUACACAAACAUCCACCACCCACCCGCUCUGGAAGACAUCUGGAUCUGCGAAUUCUGUGAAUACGAGAGCAUCUUCGGCCACCCACCCGAAGCUCUCAUCCGACAGUACGAGAUCAAAGACCGCAAGGAACGCAAGCGCCUCGCCGAGAAGAAGCGUCUUCUCGAGAAGGCAAAGAUGAAGGGCCGCAAGACCAAGAAGGCACCCAAGAACGUGAAGAAUGCCCAAGGCUCUUACCAGCAGGGGUACGACCGCGCGUCGGUCGACCACUCCUCCGCGACGGGUUCAGGUGUCCACGACGACGAAUACAGCCACGAGUACGAUGAUGACGAGCCGGGAUCCAUCCCUGGCCCUGACCCUGCAUCUCCGUCUGAGCUCAAACCUCCGCUUCCGCCUCCAGACAAUAUUACCAGGCCAGUGCCGGCUGGAAAUGCUGCAGAUGCCGGGACAAGCCGGCCGGCCUGA